AUGCCAAAGAGAACUGCUUCUGAAAAAGACCAGGAAGAAAAGCUUUCAAAGAAAGUUAUCCAAGAUGAAAUUGAGUUCAGUGAUGAUGAUGAAGAACUAGAUAGCGAUGAAGACAAUGAGGGUGAAGGCGACGACAAUGAAAUAAUAAAUGUCGAUUUCGAUUUCUUCGACUUAAACCCAGAAAUUGAUUUCCACGGGUUCAGAACUUUCCUCAAACAACUAUUUGGUGAUGACUACAAGAAGUUUGACUUAUCUGGCUUGGCCAACAUCAUUUUGGAUCCUAAGAAUACCAGUAUUGGAAGCACAAUUAAGACCGAUGGUAAAGACGGCGACCCAUUAGCCUUGUUGGCCCUUAUGAACUUAAAGAAUUAUAAGAAAUCUCUGUCAUUGAAUACUUUGAUCGAAUAUCUUGUAACCAAAGCCCAAGGAAAUCCAGAAUUUUAUAUUAUAUUGAAGAAAGUGUUAGGAAUGAACGGUGGAGAAAAAGUCGGGUUGAUUAUAAAUGAAAGAAUCAUCAAUGUUCCUGUGGAAGUCACUCCUCCUUUGUUCAAGCUUAUGAUGGAAGAAGUCAACAAGCAAGAGCCAGAUUUGAAAUAUUUCUUGAUCAUUUCUAAAGUGUACAAGCUUGUGGCUAGUCAACUUAGUGAUGAUUCCGAUUCUGACUCUGAUGACAACAGUAACAAAAAUAACAAGGCAAAGAAGGUAAAGAAGAACUCGGAGAACCAGGAAGAGUUCGACUAUUUCCAUUACGAGGACAUGAUAUUCGAAAAAAAUGCCAUGAAGUUCGACAAGUUCAAAUACGAUAAUAAGUUGCAAGAUACCGACUCCAGAAGAGUUUUCUCAGAAUAUGGUAUUGAUCCUUAUUUGAGUUUGAUUUUGAUUGAAAAAUCAAAACUUGAAAGUAGUAUUCCUCAAUUAGAAGAAGCUUUCAAGCCAUUCUAA